UAGAGGAAGUGUUGACUUAUGCAAUAGAUGACGGAGAACAAAAGGGAAAGGCAGCCAAAAACCCAAGGAAUGAAUUGAAAGAAGAAAAAAACGAUAGAUUAAACGAAAGACAUGAAGAAAGAGAAAAAAGAUGAAAAAGUUGCGAAGAAAUUUAUUAAAUAAACGUGAAAUAACAAUCUUUAUGUUAUUUAUUGUAUAUCAACUUAAUUAAUUGAAGAAAUUAUUCUCCACAAAAUUGACGUGCAAAAAUCUUGUGGAUAUACGAUAGAUUCGUCAACAUCUGAAAUUACGGAGGAAAUAUUACAGAAAUGUGGCGGAUAUGGUCUAUUUCAAAAGAUACUCACUAUUUUUGUUUUGAUAUUUGUAAUAUUUCACGCCACAUCAACUUUAACGAUGGUGUUUAUACGAGAGAAGGUUCCUUUUUCUUGUUAUCCUUCGAAUUUCAACGAAUCCAUGAUUCCACCAAAUAUCUCCUUGGAUGAAUUCCUAAAUGACGUAACUGUCAAAGAGGAGAAAUGCUCUGUGUAUAACCUUGACAUAGAAAAUGGAUUUUAUAUUCUUCCAAACAGCAAUUCCACAAAGGAACCGUGUAAUAACGGUCAAAAGUUUUACACUAAAGAUUUGUCAUCUAUUGUAUCUGAGUUUGAUUUGGUUUGUGAAAAAGAAUGGUUGAAAAACUUUGCAGUGUCUGUAAUGUUCGGAGGAUAUCUUAUUGGAAACUUAAUAUUUGGGAUAUCUUCAGACAAAUUUGGCCGAUUCAAGAUGCUCUGUGCUGCGGAUAUUCUUUUCAUAUGUAGCUGUUUUGCCAGAAUACACUCACCAAAUUAUGGCGUGUUCAUCAUUUUGUAUUUCCUUGAAGGAUUCGGAUAUGCAGGUUGUUAUAUAAACAUAUACACUAUCUUGCUAGAAUGUGUCUCUCAGAAUUACAGAAUGCAUUUGAAUUUUGCUGUUCAUGGAGCAUUCGCUCUCGGAGAAACACUUCUCGCUGGUGUAGCAUUUUUACUUCGUAAAUGGCAACACCUAUUGUAUGCUGUAACUAUUCCGCAUAUUCUGGUUCUCAUUGUAGCAGUGAAAUAUCUUCCUGAAUCUCCUAGAUGGCUUCUUAUUCAAGGGAAAUAUGCAGAAGCUGAAAAAUCCUUUAACAGGAUAGCAAGAACAAAUAAAAAACACAAUGAGAAUGUGGGAAAACUUAUAUGGAAACUUCAAAGAGAAACGGAACGGAAAUCCAAAUUUGAGGAUGAAGUUGAAGGAAAUACGAAUCUUGAAAAUACAACCCACACAGCAAUUGAUCUAUUAAAAACGCCUCGAAGAGCGAUGAUUACAACGAAUAUUUGGUUUAAUUGGUUGGUCAACAGUAUGCUUUACUACGGAGUUACACUAAAUUCUGUUGAUAUGUCUGGCAAUCGGUAUAUAAAUUUCUUCAUGAUGUCAGCAGUAGAAAUUCCAUCCAACAUUCUUGGAUGUAUAACCUUUAAAUGGUUUGGGCAUCGUAAGCCGCUUUGUUUCUUCAUGGUAUUUGGUGGAAUUAACUGUAUUGUUUCAAACUUUGUGCCAACAGGUAACUUUUGGUUUCCUCUGCUAUUAGCUGUUCUGGGGAAGUUCGGUACGACACUAUCCUUUGACGGAGUUUAUCUGACAUCAGCAGAACUGUUUCCAACGGCAGUACGCAACGGUGGCAUGGGAACUGCUUCAUCGUUUGCUCGGUUUGGUGGCAUCAUUUCACCACUGAUUCUUGGGCUCUCUGUAUAUGGUUCUUGGAUACCUCUCAGUGUCUAUGGGGUCUUCGGAAUUGUCGCUGGAUUGCUGAUCCUUUUGCUUCCCGAAAUGAAAGAUGUUUGUUUACUUCAAACACUGGAAGAUAUGGAUAACCUGUAGAUUUGGUUUAUCGUGGAAAAUCUCUUUCAAAUAGUUUAACGUAAACAAGAGCGCAGUGCUCUAGCAUUCAAUAUAAAACUUAUGUUGUUUUAAAUAUUUACUAAAUAUUUAUUACACUUAUAUUAUUUCCCUACAAUUUUUCAAGUUUGUCGAUGAUAAUCUCAUCUGAGUUGAGAAGAAUAAAAAGAAUGUAAGGAAAUAAGAACUCGGAUUUUAUCAGGAUAAUGUCAUGUAAUUCCGAAUUCUGAAAAUUUACCCCAAUCUAUGAAUUUAAUAAUCAGAUCGUCCACACUGCACAAAAAUGAAGAGUACUGAUUGGCUAAAAUUUUGUAUAUAUAUAUAUAUAACAUUGAGUGAGAUAUGGAGAUUUUUAGGAAUUCUGGUCGUCGACUUUUGGGAUAUUAUAACAAGAAGCCUGGUAUAAAAGUGUUUCAUGUUUAGCUUUGUUUUACAAAACUAAUCUGACAACAUUCAUGAAUACAAGUAUGGCAAAUUGUUGUCCAGCGAAUAUAAAUGUUUCAACGGUGACCUUGUAAUUAUUUUCCUUUUUCCAAGUUUCUUUCUGAACUAUGAUUUCAUAGACAUCUGGCUGAUAUUUUGAUUUAUCUUUCUUUACUCUUUGACCGCCUGUCUUCUUACCCUUCCUUUAUUUUCACCAAUAUCUGAACAGAUUUCAUCCCCUCCCCCAUACUUUAUUUCAUAAGUCAAUCAAUAUUACGAAGUGCUUACAUUAUAACAGUCGCGUUCACGAUUUUGCACCAUUCCUUCUUUUUUCGUUCUUAAACCUUCAUCUCUCUUUUUAUACUUCCUUCAUUUUAACUUUAUUUCUUUGAAUUUUCUUUUCCUGUCUCCUAUAAUGAAUAAAUGCCAGUGUAGAAGGAAUUGGUUAUCAUUUCCAGCAUACACAAUCCCACUUUUCUUCGUAACUGAUUUGUUUCUUUUUCACUAUAUUUUUUUAUCUCACUAUAUUUCCCAGUUCUACCCUACUCUCUCCACCCGUCCCUCACUCGCCCUUCCUUUCAUGCCACAUACUCCGGCUGAUCCUUCCCGCUUCUUCUUAUUCUCCUUUUGGUCUCGACUUUUGGUCUGACUGAACGCGUGUAAUAUAUAUAUCUAUUCAAGUUGUAUUUGACGAAAGUCUUUUUUAUAAAUAACCGCUUCACAACUA